GUGAGAUUCAGGCCCAGUCGGCUUGUCCAGAAGCCAGGCCUGAGAUGCCCUGGGGGUGCUAACAGGAGUAGAGAGACCCCAAAAGAACACAGGCUUUGAAACGAGGCAGAAUUGAGUUGGAGUCCCAACCCUACCAACCCCACCUCUCUUCACUCCCCAGGCAGCAUAGAAAACAACGCCUGCCUCUCUCCAGGCGUCCUCGUGGAAGUGACAUAGUCUUUAAAUCCUGCGCGGCAAUCCCUGACGCACUGCGGUGAUGCCUAGGGAGGACAAGGCAGCCUGGAAACCCAACCACUUCCUUAAGAUCAUCCAACUAUUAGAUGAUUAUCCGAAAUGUUUCACCGUGGGAGCAGACAAUGUGGGCUCCAGGCAGACGCAGCAGAUCCGCAUGUCCCUCCGUGGGAAGGCCGUGGUGCUGAUGGGCAAGAACGCCAUGAUGCGCAAGGCCAUCCGAGGGCACCUGGAAAACAGCCCAGCUCUGGAGAAACUGCUGCCUCGUUUCCAGGGGAAAGUGGGCUUUGCGUUCACCGAGGAGGACCUCACUGAGAUCACGGACAUGCUACUGGCCAGUAAGGUGCCAGCUGCCACCCAUGCUGGUGCCGUUACCCCAUGUGAAGUCACUGUGCCAGCCCAGAAUACUGGUCUGGGGCCCGAGAAAACCUCCUUUUUCCAGGCUUUAGGUAUCACCACUAAAAUCUCCAGGGGCACCAUUGAAAUCCUGAGUGAUAUGCAGCUGAUCAAGACGGGAGACAAAGUGGGAGCCAGUGAAGCUAAGCUGCUGACCAUGCUCAACAUCUCCCCCUUCUCCUUUGGGCUGGUCAUCCAGCAGGUGUUCGACAAUGGCAGUAUCUACAACCCUGAAGUGCUUGACGUCACAGAGGAAACACAUUCUCGCUUCCUGGAGUGUGUCUGCAAUAUUACCAGUGUUUGUCUGCAGAUCGGGUACCCAACUGUUGCAUCAGUGCCCCAUUCUAUCAUCAACGGGUACAAAGGAGUCCUGGCCUUGUCUGUGGAGACUGAUGACACCUUCCUGCUUGCUGAAAAGGUCAAGGCCUUCUUGGCUGAUCCAUCUGCCUUUGUGGCUGCUCCCCCUGUGGCCGCUGCCACCACGGCUGCUCCUGCUGCUGCUGCUGCAGCCCCAGCUAAGGUUGAAGCCAAGGAAGAGUCGGAGGAGUUGGAUGAGGAUAUGGGAUUUGGUCUCUUCGACUAAUCACCAAAAAGCAACCACCUUAGCCAGCUUUAUUUGCAAAACAAGGAAAUAAAGGCUUAUUU